AGCUCCAUCAAGAUGGUUUCGCUAUGCCAUCCGAUUCGGAUCCGAGCAUGCGGGAACACCGCGACGAGGAGGAAUGCAGCAGCGGCGAAGGUCCUCUGCUCCAUGCAGCAAACGCCGCCGCCGCCGGCCCAGAGCACGAUCAAGGUUGUUAUCGUUGGGGCCACGAAGGAGAUCGGGAGGACGGCCGUUCUUGCGGUGACCAAGGCCAGGGGAAUGGAGCUUGCAGGGGCGAUCGACUCGCAGUGCAUUGGCGAGGACGCAGGACAGGUUUUCCUCGCCGUUCAUUCAGCGUCCGGAUGUUUCCCCUCUACUUGUUGCCCUUCUUUUAUCUCAUAGGAGCUGUAAAUGCUGGCAUUGUGCUUCAGAUAAGUGGCAUGGAUGAGCCAUUGGAGAUCCCUGUGCUGAACGACCUCACCAUGGUUCUGGGCUCCAUAGCGCAGUCGAGGGCAACUGGCGUGGUUGUCGAUUUCAGCGAGCCUUCAGCUGUUUACGACAAUGUAAAGCAGGCAGCGGCAUUUGGUUUAAGCAGCGUCGUCUAUGUUCCAAAAAUUGAGUUAGAUACAGUAACUGAACUUUCAGCAUUUUGCGAGAAGGCAAGCAUGGGCUGCUUGGUUGCACCAACAUUAUCAAUUGGCUCCGUGCUCCUUCAGCAAGCUGCUAUACAGGCCUCAUUCCAUUACAGCAAUGUCGAGAUUGUGGAAUCAAGACCUAACCCAUCGGAUCUGCCAUCGCAAGAUGCAAUACAGAUUGCAAAUAACAUAUCAGAUCUUGGUCAGAUAUACAACAGGGAAGAUAUGGAUUCCAGCAGUCCAGCUAGGGGCCAACUACUUGGGGAAGAUGGAGUGCGUGUGCAUAGUAUGGUUCUCCCUGGUCUCGUUUCCAGCACAUCAAUCAACUUCUCAGGCCCAGGAGAGAUUUACGCCUUACGGCAUGAUGUUGCAAACGUUCAAUGCCUGAUGCCAGGACUAAUCCUGGCAAUACGGAAGGUGGUACGGUUGAAGAACUUGAUUUACGGGCUAGAGAAGUUCUUGUAGAUAUCAUUUGACAUCGCAACCACGGCGACAGUUUUGAAAAAUAAAGGCUGCACAGAGGAGGUCUGGAAUUUUGUAUGCACAAUACCUACUGAACGCAAUUUUAUUAAAAGGCAUGGGGGGGAGAUCAUACAUAGGAAAGGUCAUGAAAAAAGGUCACAUGGAUAUACAGCUAUUGGUAGCACAAGCAAAACAAUGAAUGGAGUGGUCAAGAAUCAGAUUCGGUUCCAUCGGCACAUGCUGUUUACAAGAAAGUUCCAUCAGCACUUGAAGAAAAAAGAGACUCUACUUUGUAAUCGAUACUUUGUACGUAAUUCAGCUUGCGUAUGGCAAUCUGGAGGCUUAUGCAGCCCACGUUUCUCUA